AUGACAUCUUUCGUGGCCAUCGACCACUUCACCAAGGAAACACUCACAGCACUCCAUGCUGAUGAGAAACCAAACUACAGCACCCUCAAAGUCAUUCACCAAGAGUUGAACGCCAAUGCCAUGGCUAUCACCUCAACGUUGGGAGGAGGACACUAUGGACACCUCGCCCUUGUCAUUCCAGCAGCAGCAUUCAAUGCUCUCCCCAAUGCCAUCGCUUGGGUUAACCCCGCUCACCCCGGAGCAGCCCCAGUACACGUAGGACAACCUACAGGAGCUCAGAUUGCAGAAACCAACCGCUUGUAUGCAGCAGAUGAAACGAAAUUUCUUAUCUACAAAGCCACCGAGACGGCCCUACAGAAGCAACUACUUGAAGCCAUCCCAGACACCUACACCAAAGAGCUCAAACACGAGAUGUAUGGAUAUGCCCAGGUCACCACCCUCGCACUACUUACCCACCUCGAUGCAAACUACGGCACAGUCGAACCUGAUGACCUACGAGCCAACCUCAAAAGAAUGACAGCCAAGUAG